AAUUAGCGCCGACCAAUCAUAAGACUGAGUUUGGUUUUCAUCGUAACAUAUUCAUGAGGUUUCGCGCGCUUUCCAUACCACGUGAAGAUUUCGCGGGAAAAGUCAGCGGUCAGAAAAAAAACACUUGCGUAGAAGCAGCGGAGACAAGCCGGCGAUACACAAUGGCGGAUUCAUCUGAGUCAUCUCACAUGGCGACCAGCCCCAUCCAUGGUUCCAGGCGGGGAGACCUGACCUCCAGCCCGGGGAGAGACCUGCCCCCCUUCGAGGACGAGUCAGAGGGGCUCCUGGGUGAUGGUCCUCUGCCAGGGGAGGAGGAGGAGGGAGAUGGGGAGGAACUGAUCGGAGAUGCGAUGGAGAGGGACUACCGAGCCAUCCCUGAGCUAGACAGGUAUGAGGAGGAGGGUCUGGAUCUUGACGAGGAGCUGUCGGAGCUGUCUCCUGGAGCCAGGGCUGCUGCUGAGGACGCCAUGAGGAGAAGAGACGGGGAACAGGGAGGCAGGCUGAGGAGAGGUCUACUUUAUGACAGUGAGGAUGAGGAUGAGCGCCCGGCCCGGAGGCGUCGCCUGGCUGAGCGGGCUGCAGAUGGAUCCGGGGUGGAGGGAGAGGAUGAGGAGAUGAUUGAGAGCAUUGAGAACCUGGAGGACAUGAAGGGUCACUCAGUCAGGGAGUGGGUGGUCAUGGCCGCUCCUCGUCUGGAGAUAUACCACCGUUUUAAGAACUUCCUGCGCACCCACGUGGAUGAGAACGGCCACAACGUGUUCAAGGAGAAGAUCACCGACAUGUGUAAAGAGAACAAGGAGAGUCUGGUGGUGAACUACGAGGACCUAGCAGCCAGGGAGCACGUCCUGGCCUACUUCCUGCCCGAGGCGCCAACUGAGAUGCUGAAAAUAUUUGACGAGGCAUCCAAGGAAGUAGUCCUGGCCAUGUACCCCAAAUACGACCGCAUCGCUCACGAGAUCCACGUCAGGAUCUGCAACCUACCCCUCGUCGAAGAGCUGAGAUCCCUCAGACAACUCCACCUGAACCAGUUGAUCCGUACCAGUGGAGUGGUGACCUGCUGUACAGGUGUUCUACCUCAGCUGGGAAUGGUCAAAUACAACUGUAACAAGUGUAACUUCAUCCUGGGGCCCUUCUUCCAGUCCCAGAACCAGGAAGUGAAGCCAGGGUCUUGCCCUGAGUGCCAGUCCUUCGGCCCUUUUGACAUCAACAUGGAGUUGACUGUGUACCAGAACUACCAGCGAAUCACCAUUCAGGAGAGCCCUGGGAAGAUCGCCGCUGGCCGCCUCCCACGCUCCAAAGAUGCCAUCCUGUUGGCUGACCUGGUGGACCAAUGUAAACCUGGAGACGAAAUAGAACUGACGGGCAUCUACACCAACAACUACGACGGCUCUCUGAACAUGGCCAACGGCUUCCCAGUGUUCGCUACGGUCAUCAUGGCCAAUCACAUUGCUCGGAGAGACAACAAAGUGGCCGUGGCCGAGCUCACUGACGAGGACGUCAAGGCCAUCGUGGCGCUGUCUAAGGACGAGCGCAUCGGGGAGAGGAUCUUUGCCAGUAUCGGCCCCUCCAUCUACGGCCACGAGGACAUCAAGAGAGGCCUGGCUCUGGCUCUGUUUGGUGGAGAGCCCAAGAAUCCAGGUGGGAAACACAAGGUGCGAGGUGACCUCAACGUGCUGCUGUGCGGUGACCCCGGUACGGCCAAGUCCCAGUUCUUGAAGUACGUUGAGAAGGUGGCCAGCAGAGCGGUGUUCACCACAGGCCAGGGAGCCUCCGCUGUGGGCCUGACCGCCUACGUACAGAGACACCCGGUCACCAGGGAGUGGACCCUGGAGGCUGGAGCCCUGGUGUUAGCAGACAGAGGAGUCUGCCUCAUCGACGAGUUUGAUAAGAUGAACGAUGCAGACAGAACCAGUAUCCAUGAGGCCAUGGAACAACAGAGCAUCUCCAUCUCCAAGGCUGGCAUCGUCACCUCGCUCCAGGCACGCUGUACUAUCAUCGCUGCUGCCAACCCUAUCGGCGGUCGCUACGACCCUUCUCUGACCUUCUCGGAGAACGUGGAUCUGACCGAGCCCAUCGUGUCUCGUUUUGACAUCCUGUGUGUGGUCAGAGAUACUGUGGAUCCAGUGCAGGAUGAGAUGCUGGCUCGUUUUGUGGUGGGCAGCCACAUUAAGCAUCACCCCAGCAACAAGGAAGCUGGCAUGGCUGGCUUGGAGGAAGUGGUUCUGCCCAACACCACAGACGUGCCUCCUAUCCCCCAGGAGCUGCUGAGAAAAUACAUAAUGUACUCCAAGGAAAGGGUGCGGCCCAAACUCAACCAGAUGGACCAGGAUAAAGUGGCUCGCAUCUACAGCGACCUGCGCAAAGAGUCCAUGGCGACAGGCAGCAUCCCCAUCACGGUGCGUCACAUCGAGUCCAUGAUCCGCAUGGCGGAGGCCCACGCCAGGAUGCACCUCCGAGACUACGUAGUGGAGGACGACGUCAACAUGGCCAUCAGAGUCAUGCUGGAGAGCUUCAUCGACACUCAGAAGUUCAGCGUCAUGAGGAGCAUGAGGAAGACGUUUGCCCGUUACCUGGCGUUCAGACGAGACAACAACGAGUUGCUGCUGUUCAUCCUGAAGCAGCUGGUGUCAGAGCAGGUGGCGUAUCAGAGGAACCGGUACGGAGCACAGCAGGACACCAUCGAGAUCCCAGAGAAAGACCUGGUGGACAAGGCCAGACAGAUCAGCAUCCACAACCUGUCAGUGUUCUAUGACAGCGACGCGUUCCGAUCCAACAAGUUCUCUCACGACACGAAGAAGAAGCUGAUCCUGCAGCAGUUCUAAAUCUGUUUCCUGGGUAAAAAAAAGACUAGCCUCUGUCUGUGUUCUAAAUUCACCCUUUCCAUAUGCAGUGUACUACUUUUGAAUAGGGCCCAUAGGGGUGUGAUUUAUUUUUUGGGGACACAGCCUGUCUGGAUGUGUAAAUAGUUGUAAAUGUGUGUCAUCCUGUUUGUUGGUAAAAAGGAGAAUCCUAAUAGGGAACGAAAUGGCCCAAUUUUAAUGCAUCAAUGUUACAAUUUGUAUCUGUUAAUGUACCAAGUUUUGUGAACGUCAUUCCAAACUACUUUCUACUUUUACAUUCUGGAACACAUCUUGUGUGUUUUUUGUUACGGACUUUUGGACGUGUAACUGAGUAUUAAUGUCUUGUUUUUAUUAGAUAAUCUGAUUUCAGGUCAGAUUAUCUUCUGGACACUGAAAUAUGAUGUAAUAUUAUUUUCUUCUGAACCAAUGACUUUCUGAUGACCUUCAUGACUUCCUGUUCUGGUCUGUGACUAGAAUUCUGGGAUAACGUUUUGGUAAAUAAAUUGCAUUUGUUGAA